UAUGAAGCAAGGUGUGAAACUGCCACGGAUCUUUCCUUCAGAACCGAAUCCCUACGAACAGCUCAAUUUUCGACCAGCGGACAACGAUGUAGUCCUCUGCAGUUAUCCUGCCUCUGGCGAAGACAUCGUUCUGAAGAUUCUCGAAAAGCUGCGUGAUCGCGACCGGAGGAUUUUUCGCACCGUCGGAGAUAGUCUCGGAAGUAUCGGCAGCGGUCUUCACGUGACACAUCUACCAUUCUGCCGGUCACGGUGGAACCCCAGAGCGCGUUACGUUCUUCUGUUGAGGAACCCGAAACAAGUGUGCGUGUCGUUUUACUACCUCUUCAAGAAGACCUUCCAACGUCUCUACGGCCGAGCCCCUGAAGAAAAUUGCAGCUUCAAUACAUUCUACCGCCUCUUCGUCAACGGGAAAGUUGCGUACGGUGACUAUUUUCGACACACACGAUCGUGGCUCGAACGAACGUGCAUCAAAUCGUGUCUGUGCGAAGAGCGGUCGAGCGUUCCCGACACAGAAAAUCUCAUUAUUCUGAUAUACGAAGAGAUGGAGAAUGAUCUUGAGCAUAAUCUGCACCGUCUGAUCGAAUUCAUCGACGUAGAUGUCGACGCUUCUCGAGUCUCCGAAGAGAUAAAGGAAACACUGUUGAGGAAGCAAUCGUUGGACUGCAGAGAUUUCAGCAGCUCAGAGGGUCGUCGGAAGAAAAUGGGACUUGCCGGAGGAUGGGAAAGCCACUUUUCCAAGGAGCACCGAACUAGCUUCGACGAAUGGGUUCGAUGGAACGGUAAUGCGUCUAUCUACAACAAGUUUUGGUUCGACGCUCUGUGA